AUGGCUGGUGACUGUCCCCAGCCCCCAAAGGAAGUGAAGCUCCAGGGACGCUUAUAUGUACUGACAAAUGUCUGUUCCUCUCUGUUCCCAGCCAUCCCUGCCAACAAGCAGUACCUGGUCAAUGACUUGCAGCACCAGAUGGAGAACUCUGUCAAGCCACUGAGCCUGCCAAACCCCAGCAUCCUCAUUGCUAUGAACCUUGCUGGUAAUGCGGACAUCCAAGUGCGCAAGAAGCUGAUCCAGCAGAUAAAGAAUGAGUCUGUUGGAAAAGUGACAGAAAUGACCUCUGGCAGUGUGGCCCUUUAUGUCCUUGCUCUCAUGUCAUCUUGUGUGAACCCCAGUGACAUCAAAAUUCAGGGGAAGACCAUCAACUUGACCAAGGACUUGGAGAAGAAAACACAUGAGGAGGUGGCCUGCUAUGAGGAGAACGGCUACCCCAAGACCACAUACUACCAGCUGGGCCUGGACGUCCUGGCUCUGUGCCUGAAGGGAGAAAGGAGUAACGAGAUGGCAGCUAUAAUCCUGGCUAGGGAAGCGGUGCAGAAUAUCAACCUUUCCAUGGGUAAAAAAGCUGCUGCUUUGCAUAUCAGCCCUUCUUUCCCCUCUGCCUCCCUGCUCAGCAAACCAACCCCCACCUCCUUCCUUGAGCCCUCCCUUCCUACUCCAUAUAAGCUUAGGUGUCGAAUCUGCUCCUCACUAGCCCCUAUUUUGCCUCCUGAGCACCCAAUACCCUCUUCCCCACUCACUGUUCCUGCUGACAGGAUGGGGUUUACAGAUACCAAGUCCAUGGCAGCUCUGGCACUGAGAUGUGUGUACAAUGAGAUGAGCAAGCAUCCGCAGAAUCCGGACCGGCUACUAAUUGUGGAGGGGCUGGAAAACCUUGCAAAGGAUAUUCUCCGCGCCCAGCAGCAAGGCCAUGGCAUCAUCGGAAAUAUCUAUAGUGUUGGCUUGGCCAUGCAGGCGCUCAGUGUCACCCCUGAGUUCUUUUCCCCUAUGGUGUGGAACUGCACAGAAACCCUCACCAAAGUGCUGACCCAGGUCUCCAGUGGGGCUUUUAGCAACCCCAUGGCUGCCUCCCAGAUCCUCCCAUUCUUUGUGGGCAAAACCUAUUUGGAUGUGACCAAAAUAAACUGUCUCUCAGACAGUGAGCAGCAGGAGACGACUAGAAUGCCUCCAGUGACAUCCACCAUGAGCAGCAUGGCAGUUACAGUGAACUACACUAUCAUCAACAAGCUAAGAGGGCAACCCUUCUGGAACUCCACCUUGGUGCGAGUGCCUAAAGGCUCUGUGCUGCUCGAUGUCCUGAAAGCAGCUCGGGAUAAAAAUGCAAUGGUAUUCAGGUGUGCUAGGAUGCUCAAUCUCUCUCCCAAAGCCUGUUUCCCUCUGUUUUCCCUUGCCUGUCUCUGCUCUCCUUCACAUGCAGCCGUGUUUUUUUCUGACUCCCAUGACCAUUAUUGCAGUUUUAAAUUGGAAGAGACCUCCUGGGGCCUGAUGGUAAUCUCCAUCCAUGGCCUUGCUGCCAGCUCCAGAGACAAGACCUACUGGGAGUUCUUCAGUGGUGAAACGCCUCUGGAUCAAGGCGUUGAAAGUUACAAGCUAACGGGCAAUGAAAGCAUCAAGGCUGUUUUCAGCACAUAUGGAGUACAAGAGGAGUAGCUGGAGUGGGACCUGCCUCCUGUCAUCCUCUAUCAGCACAAGUAGGACAGAUCCCUCCAGGUUGAAGAGAAGUAGCAGGACAGGUUGCAGAUGUGUUUGAAACACACUGAACCAUGUAGAGUUGUGAAUGCAGGAAGCUCGAGAACAGAAAAAGAGUUUUUGGGGUAUCCUGAUCACAGAGUGUUUAUUCCAAUAGUAUCUGCAA